AUGGAGACGGAUGUGCUUGGACUAGAAGGACAUCUCGAGUGCGGACACGUAGAUCAACCAGCGCGCGAGCUAUCCACCUCCUCCCUCGCUGCAGAUGCACCCGCAAGUACCUCGCAGCAGACCGCUCCAAAGGCGGGAGCAGAAGCAACAACUGAUGGCAAGUGUCCCUACAGAACAAGAGAUCCCACCUCUCUCGCUCUACACAAGUACGAUCGACAUCUCAUCUUGCCUGAGGGAGGACUAGCAGAGCUGGAUCGUAUAGACCCGAUCAGACGAUGGGAGUUGGCGGAGGAGCGCAAGCAGGCAGUUCGAGCUGCCAAGCGGCAGGCUCUGGAAGGGCCUUCACAGGAAGAAGACAGUGAUAGCGCCAGCGAUGAAGAAAGUGAUGCUGGUAGCUCGAGCUCACAUAGCUCCAUCGAGUCCCCACGCGCCUCUGCCAGCUCGGCCACGAAGGUCUCGGGUCAGACGGUAGAUCCAACGCAGACCAUUUCAGGUCUCAACAUCACCCUGUCAACGCCUCAACUCAUAGAGCAGUGGCGCAACGAGAGACGCAAAAGAUUUCCUACGCAGGUGAAUGUGGAAAAGAAAUUGAGAGAAGCUUGGAAUGAUGAGAAAAGCAGAGAACGGAGUGUGGGAAGAGGCGCCGAAGAGAGAUCGAGCAAGAAGCAGAGGGUAUGGGGACCUCGAGAGAAAGAAGGUGAAAAGAGUGAAGCUGCGCAAGAUGCAGAGAGUAGGCAACCUGAGAUUGUCACAGGUAGGCGGGAGGACGAGAGACCGAGCGCUGCUCACAACACCCUCAGUCGGCAAGAGGAGGGUGGCGAUAGUGACAGCGACAGCGAUGGUCCUCCCGAGGAAGUCAGCACCAAGCAGAAGACUUUGGAAGGGGCAGUCGAAGAGAAGAAGAGGUCAUCAAGCACCUCACGACAAGAAAAUACCCUAGCGGGACCCAACGCUCGAGUCUGCCAGCAUUGGCUUAGAGGUAAAUGUAGCUACGGCUCUCAAUGCCGAUCUAAGCACGUCCUGGCUUCCCAGCCCUCUCGACCAGUCAAGCAGCAUCGUCCUCGACCCAGAGCCCCGCCGUCCAAUCCCUUUGCUCAGCCGAAUUUGCUCCGAGCGCUGCUAGAAAAGGAGAUUGGUCAGCAUGUCUCGUAUGUAGCGCAAUUCGUGAGAUUCCUGGUCAGGAAUAACGUAUUGGAGGGCGUGGAGCGGCAAGUUGGAGAUGCCUCUUUGCAGAGGGAGAAGCGACGGUUAAUUGAGGAGGUAGUAGCGUCAGACGCUACGGACCAGCCUAGCCAGCAGGCAAGCAGCUCCUCGCUAGCCGCAGGAACGAUGCCGCAAAUCGAUGGAGAGUUAGCGACUCUACCAGCUGAAGACGGUAAAGCUCGAGCUCUGUACCGACCGCCAUCACCGCUCCUGCAACCGCUUUCGGAGCUGAAUUACCCUCCCGAGCCCGAUCCUUUCAUCUUUCUGGACCCGCUGCGAGCCAACGAUGCGAUGCCCUUGACGCACGCCCAGCUCGUAUCGCUUUCGGUGCAUCCGGACAUCAGGGACCUUCUUCAUGCUCCCACUAGCGCUCCCUCCCGAACCGCCCAAGCGCUGGGCCAACAUCUUCCAACUCCACCAGCACUGCAAAGAGCUCUGAAGACGUUGGACGCGCUACCUUCUUUCCGACACAGACAAUCAGCAAUCGAGAUCAUCCUGGGCGUGUCGGAGCAGAGUGCGCAGCAUGCUCAUCAGCUCGCGCCCACUUUUGUUCGGAGGACGCCGAAUCAGGAAAAGGACAGGGUCAUUUCGGAGAGCGAGUUGUUCAGACUAGGACUCAGAGUGGGCACGGAGGAGGUCAAGAUCAUACAGCAGCUGGCUGCAGUGGUCGCUACGGUGGUGGGCAACAUCGACUUUCAACCAGAUUCUAGUAACCUCGCAGCACUUGCGGAAGGGAAAACCUUGCGGACUGAGUCGAUGACGGCGGAGCAAGAGAGGCAAGCUUUCGAAAAGAGACAGGCUGAGAGAAUGCUGCGUUGGGAACGGGAAGCCGAGAAGAGGGAUAUGCUCAGGUCGCUAGGCAUCGACGUUGACUGA